AUGUCGCAGAAUGGACAUUCCCAUUAUGUUCGCACUCAGGAGUACACAGCUGGCCCAGCAUAUGCCAGGCCCUCAGGCCCUCUCGGGACGUCAGCCUACUACGGGGCCGCGCACUCAGCUGUUCCAGACAUUGAGGCCAUAAGCACGCGAGGAAUGAGCACUCAUGACUUUGCAGAGGGUGACUUCGUCAGCGAGAGGUUCUCCAAUCACGUCGACCUAGGCGGAUCAAUUACACCCCGCUCCUUCAGCCCUUCGCAGUGGACAUACGCGAUGCGGCACCAGGCUCAGUCCGUCCUCCCAUUCUUGUAUCUGGGCUCUUCUGCAUGUCUACGUGAUAAAGCCUACAUGCUCGAGGAAGGCUUUACACUACUACUUGCCGUUCGAAGUCGGCACUCCUUUCUUGCGCGCUUCGUCUCUGGCGACAAGGCCGCGGCUGAACUUGGUAUCAUGGCAGACACUGUUGAUGUCAUGGAUCACCAAGAGCUCAUUUCGGCGUUUCCACGCGCCAUUCGACGCAUUAAUGACCACCUGGAUGGCACGGAUCUGGCGAUGAACGGGGUGAAGUUGGACGAUCAACAGCCGAAGAGAAAAGUGCUUGUAUUCUGCGAAUCAGGAAAUGAACGUUCUGCUGGUGUCGUCGUUGCAUAUCUUAUGGUCAUGCUCGGUAUCAAUCACGCCCAGAGUGCACAGUUGGUUCAGCAGCGUCGUUUCAGUGUCGCGAUCGAGGAUGAUAUGAAAUGCAUCCUCGUGGCUUUCGAGCAUAUUCUUUCUGCUAAGCGUGAUGUUGAACGCGCGAAACAAACUCCUACUGUUUCUGGGUUUGCCACUCUUGCGCCCCCUCCGCAAUCUCAGACGCUUUCCAAGAAGCGAAGUUUUCGAGACCGUAUCAUGGAUGAUGAUGAUGAUGAUGAUGACAUGGCUGUGGACGGCGACGGAAUUCGCUUUGAUGAGCGAAUGCCGAGUGCUCCAUUCCAGGACCGCGCGUUCUAG